AUGGUGCACGCCUCGACGGCCGAGCGCUUCAGCAGCGUGUUCGCCUCAUUCGACCGUGACGCCGACGGCAGGAUCUCCGCGGCUGAGCUGCGGCUGUGCAUGAAGGCGGCGCUGGGCGAGGACGUGUCAGCGGAGGACGCCGAGGCGCUCGUGGCGUCGGCUUCGGCUGACGCGGACGGAGACCACCGGCUGCUGGACGAGCAGGAGUUCCUCUGGCUGGUGGCACCGCCAGAAACAGAGGAAGAGGAGGAGCGGCGCCGGGGGCUGAGGGAGGCGUUCGCGAUGUACGAGGUGAAGGGCGAAGGGUGCAUCACGCCGGCGAGCCUGAUGCGGACUCUCGCCAGGCUGGGGUCCGAGCAGGGCAUCGAGGAGUGCCGCGCCAUGAUCCGCAGAUUUGAUCUGAAUGGAGAUGGAGUUGUUUGCUUCGAUGAGUUCAAGGCCAUGAUGGAUGCCUAG